UACAACUUUAAGAAGGACAUUCCUGCUCUUUUCUGCAGGAAAUCACAUGGACGUACCAUCGCGCUCACAUGACAGCUAAACUAUGGCAGGGGACAUAAACGAAGGAUCCGUCCCUUCAUACUAUCGUGAAGUACAUCAAGCCCUCUGCUCCGCAAAUGAUGAACGAGUGCCUGUGAAUGUAUUUCAGAGAGUUUUCACCAGAACAUCUCUCCCCAUCACUGUUCAAAACCAGAUUCUUGAACAUGUGAACAGCAGUGAUGGAUUCCUAAGUAAAGUAUCACUAUAUAAAGCUCUGGCUCUCAUUGCCCUUGCCCAACAAGGAAAACCACCAAGUCCCAAACUGCUGGAGAACUUCAUACAAGAUUUCCCAAAGCCUCAGCUGGGCGAGCCGAAGGAACUUCAGAGUCUGAAGAUGCAGACGGUUCAGGACAGUCCUCUCAUCUUGUCUUUGACCCUGGCAGAGCUGUUGAAGAAGAACACCAUCAAAAUUGAGCUCACUCCUGAGAAGAAGGGUCUGUUUCUUAAACAUGUGGAGUAUCAGGUCACUAGCGAGCGUUUCACAGUAACAGUUUAUCGGCGAUACAGUGAUUUCGACGUCUUCCAUGAGCUUCUGCUUCAGAGAUACUCUUACAGAGUCGUGCCAGCUCUGCCUCCAAAAAGGGCGCUGAAAGGAGUCCUGACCUCCGUGUCGGAGCGAGAGUUCAUUGAAGGUCGGAGACGAGCUCUGGCCAGGUUUCUGAAUCUUGUGGCGCGACACCCUGUGUUUUCUGAAGAUGAGCUUGUGAAAACAUUCCUCACCUUCAGUGGCUCGGAUGUCCAAUCUAAACUCAGAGAUGCUUGCAGAAAACUGGGUGAUGAGUUCAUGACAUGUAAAUAUGCAACGCAGGCCAAGGAUUAUCUCCCAGCUGAUAUCCAGAGUCAGUUUUCCUCCAGCAGGCAGCUGAUCAAAAAUAUCCAUAGCAGUUUUCAGAAGUUACGGGACAGGGCAGAGAAGAUGGCCGAACGCUCGAAGGACAACGCUACAGAUCUGCUGAUGUUUGGGAAAGAGCUGAGCUCUCUGGGGUCAGAUGAGUCCCCUGUGCCCAUCCUGGUGUCCGGCAGGAACCCCUGGUCUGCUCUCAGACACUCGGUCAAAGGCCUCUCUGUUGACUUCUCUGCGCUGUCUGAAAAAGCUGCCCGACAGGGCAGAAGAGAGGAGGAUGAGGUGGUGGAAAAACUGGAUCUGUUCCUGGACUUGCUGCAGUCGUACAGGGACUUAUGUGAACGGCAUGAGAAAGGGGUUUUGCACGAUCACCAGCGAGCGCUGCAGAAAUAUGGCAUCAUGAAGAGGCAAAUUAUGAGCGCCACCGUACAGCCUAAAGAACAGCUCUCUGUUGAACAGCUGGAGUCCCGCAUCGUCCAGCAAGAAAACGCCAUUCAGGCCAUGGAGCUGCGCAACUACUUCUCCUUGUUCUGCCUGCACCAGGAGAGCCAGCUGAUCUUCACAUACCUGCCCAUUACAUCUCACAUCCUCGCCUCAUUUGUGGACUCACAGGUGCAGGGACACAAAGAGAUGGGUGAGGUGUGGCAAGAUCUGCAUUCCAAGCUGAAAAGUCUUUUUGGGGAUGGAAACGGACGCUCUCCAUCUCUCAGCCCAAAAUAAUCUCUGCCUUCAGAAUUGAAAGAAGACAAAGAACUCUUGGCUAUUUUCAAUAAGGAACUAGUACACACAGUUCAAGUUCUCUAAAAGCACUGCCAUUCUUGAAAAGAAAAUCGGGAAAAGAAUUAUGGAGAAAACCUGACAGAGGUUGAGCUUAGCAAACUGACCUCUAAAAUAAAUACAAAGGUGGCCAAAAUUAUUAGAACACCUGACAGAAUCUGAAAAUGAUCUUUUUUUUGCUUCCAAAACCUGAUUUCAUUUCAUAAUGUUGAUAAAACGUACAGGUGGUUGCUCUGAGGACAACAGAUAUAACAGUUAACUAUAAAUAUGUUUUUCAGCAAUUACAGCGGCACAUCUCCUGGCAUAGUGUCACUAUAUUCAACACUAAUGCUGUCCCAUGCCUUAUGCAAAUCAAGUCAGAGGCUUUCCUUUGAAUGUGCAAUAAAUCUGUCCUGUUUAUCCUCCUCUAGCAAAAUUUGCUUAAUGGGGUUGAGAUCCAGACUUGAGGUGGGCCAGUUGAUCAUUUUAAAUGCUUCAGCAGAUUGUUUUUCAUUCGUUUUAUAGCUAUUGUAGUGGUCAGUUCAACAGUUUUUUUUUAAUUUUCCCAUUACUGAAGCAAUUAUUUUUAAUUUUAGAAAGACACUGUAUUAAUGUUUUUAGUCUACAUGUGUACAAUGCUGAUGAGAUGUGGUUUUGAAACGUAAACUAAUCUAAAAAGGAGGAAAUAUAAACUUUUAUCACUUCUGUAUCUUAGGUGCAAAAUAAAGUGAGCUGACAAGCUAAUAGGGAGCCUAAUAGUGAUUGUAAUGUUCUGCUAAGCACACAUGAAAAAUAUAGAACAUUUAUAUAGAUUUUGUUAUGGGUUGUAAAUGCACUGUAUUAGUCAUUUUUUUGGUUUGGGCUUUAACUGUAGUCAAUAUGUUUCAACAAGUCUGAUAUCUGUUAGUUCAAUUUUUGAUUUGCAGCUUUGUUUUGGUUUAACAUUUCACUUUCAUUGUAAUGUGUUGAAAGAAAUCCAUACUUUCUUUCAUUUACGUUUCAACACGGAUGAACAAACGUGACAGUACAUGAAAUGUACAUUUCAAAUGUGUUUGCAUCUUAGAAAGCGUUUACAAAAAAGCAACAGAUUUUUAAAUGAAAAAGAAAAGCUCUUUUAAAUUGUAACACUAUUGGUUAACAUCAGAUGAAAAGUGAACAUUUUUAAUGCGUAUUUUGUGCGAGAAAUAAAAAGCUAAAUCAGUUUUGGUGUCAAAUCCACUUCCUGGAGGGCCGCAGCUCUGCACAGUUUAGUUCCUACCCUUCUUCAACACACUACCUGUAGGUUUUAAUCAAGCCUGAAGGACUCAAUUAGUUUGAACAGGUUUGUUUAAUUAGAGUUGGAACUAAACUGUGCAGAGCUGCGGCCCUCCAGGAACUGGAUUUGACACAUAGCUAAGACUGAUCCUGGAUUCAGAGGAUCAUUAGGCUUUUUAAGUGAAUUAUUAUAACUACAAUGAACCAAAAUAUUCAUUGCCACAGUAUUGAUCUCUAUUAGCUGCUCUAAACAACACAAAACAGACGUGUAUUUCAACUUUUUUUCUGAAUGGGUGAAGGUCUAAGGUAAGAUAUUACAUAAACUUUUAUUUCAGACGUAUUUUUGUAUGUCAGCCUGAAUAAACAAGCUUAAUAUAUCAACAUGUAUAGUCAGUGUUUAGAUUUCUGCUGCUUUUUCAUCCUUAAUAAUCUCUAAAUCUAACACUCAUAUGACUUGUUCAUGUUUAAUUGUAUGUUUGAUGAAGUAAAGAAAUGAAGAGAUGAAAACGUUUUGUACAGCAGUGCAUAUUCAUUUGCGCCCCCUGCUGGCACUGAUGGUAAAUGCAAGUUUCAUAAUAUUAUAGUAAUAGAAUAAUAUAUAAAUUAGAAUAAUAUAUAAAUACACCGAAAUGAAUAAUUGGAAAGAAAUGAAUACUUGUAUUUGGCAAGGAUGCAUUAACCUAAUAAAAUUAAUAAAGGCUUAAGAAAAUACAA